UCCCUUUUUGUGUUCCCUGGUGACAAAAUCGGUUGCCAUGGCGUCCCUGGAGGAAGAGUUGACCUGUUCGUUGUGCCGCGACGUCUUCAGCCAGGCCCAGUCCCUGCUGUGUGGCCACAGCUUCUGCCCGGCCUGCGUACGGGACACCUGGGGGCACAGGAAGGCUGGGGUCAGGGGUCGCUUCACCUGCACACAGUGCCAGGAGGAACAAGGGGUGGUGGCAUGUGACUGCUGCCCACCUGUGGGGGAAAAGGACCAGGCGGGGACCACCGUGGCGGUGAAGACCUGCCUGCGCUGUGAGGUGUCUCUGUGUGCAGAGCACCUGCAGCCCCACCUGGAGCGGCCCGCCUUCAAGACACACCUGCUGGUGGAACCCCUGGGAGAUCUGACUCACCGCAGGUGUCCCGCCCACAAGGAGAUAUUCCUCUACUACUGUGCAGACGAGCAGGUGUACGUGUGUUCAGAGUGCCUAUUGGAAGGUGGCCAUGCACAGCACCGCAUUAAAGGACUGAGGAAGGUGGAGGAGGACCUCAAGGUCAUCCUCAAGAGCCUUCUCCAGAAAGCAGAUGAAAAGCUGAAUGAAGGUGAACGGAUCCUCCAAGAGCACCAGAACACUGACCUCACUAUAACAGACAUGUCUGUGGCAAAUGACUCCCAGGUGGAACGUAUGGGUGUAGACCUGCAGCUGCAGGUGGAGAGGCUAGUGCUGGCCCUGAGGGAGAGCACCUUGAGGGAGAGGCAGAAGGUCAUGGAGCGCCUGCAGAACGACUGCAGCAGGGUGAGGGUGGACCUGAGUAAGACCCAGGACAUUCACCACUACCUGGCAUCCUUGCUGGAGGAGACAGACCCCUUCCUGCUCAUCUGGGCAUUUCAUUCUGAUGACUCAAGGCUGCUUGUGGAACUGAACUGCCCYCUGUUCACCCCUGACCCUGUCAACCUGGACAGGAAGUACAUUGUGGAGGACAUUGAGAGCAAGCACAGACAGUUCAUCACYGAGACGCUGCACUGUCUCACCGUACUCAAGAGAGAGCUCUCGACAAGUCCGUUGACUCUGGACACUAACUCCGCACAUCCUCUCCUGAGCAUUUCUGAUGGCCUGCGGUCAGCCAUGCGGGUCAAACACCGCCUUCCAUGUGCCACUCACCCCGACCGCUUCGAUCACUGGGCUCAAGUCCUGACCGUCCAGACAUUCUCCUCUGGAACCCAUUACUGGGAGCUGGAGGCAGAAGGCUUCUGGGACAUUGCGGUGUCCUACCGGAGCAUCGGGCGGAAGGGGAAGGUGGGCAAUGCCUUUGGAAUUAACAAGAUGUCUUGGAGCUUGACACAGCAGCAUGAUAGAAAGCUGGCCGCCUGGCACAACCACAGGAAGACACGCAUCUCCAGUCGAAUGUCGGGCAACCGUGUUGGCGUGGCCCUGGACUAUGGCGCAGGCACCAUCACCUUCUCCGAGGUGGGGCCAUCCAACACCCUGACCUACCUGCACAACUUCACCACCUCCUUCAGCCAGCCCGUGUGCCUGGGCUUUGGCCUCUACAAAGCUGAGCUCCAUAGCAGAAUCUCCAUAGUGAGGGUUUGAGAGAUCAUCAGGAACCAGAGAAUUAGAAUGGGGUGGGAGCUCAAGGAUAGAGACUUUGUGGGAGGUUUCCUUCUGGAACAUCUCCCAGGACCUCAUGAGGGAUUGGACGAUGAACAAUAGAGCUUGUGUGAGCAUGACGAAUGGUAAGACUACAUUCUUACAGAGCUCAGGACUCAAAGUACUAUGAACUAUGACUUUGAAUCAGUAAGGAAUGGACGUGUAUGUCCUACUUUUGUCACGGUUUGGGGGAAUUUGAAAGACCCAAGCAACUUGGACCCAAGGGAGAGUUUUAAUCAAAUACAUCCAAUCUACAGGACAAUAUUCUAAAGAAMAUGUAACAUUCAGUGGAUAGUUCUAGAUUCUUGUGAUGCAACAUAGCUAUGGGGUCCCUUUUCCUUUUCUGAGUGUGUUUAGACUAUUUUUUAUGCAUAUAAUAAAAUGGGUUCUAUGGGGCACUCAUGUACCAAGCUAAAUAACCCAAAUAAUGUUGAGAAAAAAGAGAUGGAAGGUGUGUGGACUGAACCAUAUUGUAGUAUAGAUAACAAAAUCAUCAGACAUUAGAAUCUUCACAAAAGUGAAAUUAUGUAGGCCAUUAUAUUGAAAGGGAUUCGCUUGAAGAUGCUCAAGGCAGAUUCAUAUGCUUUAAAUCAAUGUCAUAGUUCGUGUCAGACUAAACAAUGUCACAAAAUUACCUUCAACAUUAAAACAUCUCAGAUGCAA